AUGAAGAAGCCACCAUUGAAGGUAAAUUUGCCACAUGUUACCAUCGAGGGUCCUAUAAAUGAGUUUCUGGCUAGUGUUUGGCAACCUGUCAAGGGAUAUCGGGCCACAACCGCACAUCCUACUGUCUCAUUUGAGGCUUGGUUUCAACCAAACGACACAAGUAUCAAGGCUGAGUGCGAUGCAAUCACCAAGCUCAACGCUAUGCUCAACGCCCCUGCCAAAGACUUUUGGAAGUACACUCAGCACUUCGGGGAGUGUAAGGAGUACCAUGACUGGCUCGCCCAGUAUCCCGCUCUGGGUCGACAGUUUAGAGACCAUCACUAUGUUGGCGAACGACAUGACGUGUUAUCGAGGCUUGACAAGGUGCCAUUCGGAUAUGCAGCUAUCACAGGUGGGCUGGGUCGGGCAAAGCAAGCCUGGCCGAAGACAUUGUUUUGGCAGUAG